GAAAACAACUAAUAAGUUCGGAUCAUUCCUCCCGAGUUCUACGAACCAGGUGUCGCGUUGUCUAUAGGAAACCAACCGUAGAAAAAGUCCCCAAGAUGACCAGAAUUUUAUUUGUGGCUUUGGUCGUUUUAUCAGUUUUCAGUCAAGUGCCCGCGACGUCCUCGAAACUGGGCCGCGUCGGGAAGCAGCUGGAAUUACUACGGCAAUACGAUGACCCCUGCCCACUUUGUGAUGCGUCCGUGUACAGCUACUGUUCCUAUAAAAUGGCUCAUGACGCUUGUUGCUGCACUGGACAAUAUGGACUAGCUGUGCCCCCACAGUGCAACUAUAGAGAUUGCCGCCUACUCUAUGCGAAAUCCUGCUUCGAGCACCAACUGAUAACUAAGUGUUGCUGCGAAAGACCUUGAUCACUAAUAAUACCUUUAUAUUACUGUAUUAAUUAGCUUAGGAAUAAAGAUGUAUAUUUCCGA